AUGGCCCGCGGUCUCAAGUAUGCUGUCGACAAACUGAAGGCCGCUGGUGUCAAGGUCGUUGAAUUCGAGCCUUACAAGCAGGCAGACCUCUACAAGCUCUGCACGACACUUUUCUUCACCGACGCUGGUAAAUGCGUCACAGAGCUUUUCGAGUUAGCUGGCGAGCCGAUUAACUCGAUGACGAAAUGGUCAUUGACGCAUGCGCCGGCCGAGCCGUUUACACUGGUCGAAAGUUGGAAGCUGAAUGCGCAGCGUGAAGCUUACCGUGCUGAAUACCAUAAACUGAUGAAGGAGCGUGGCGUCGACUUCAUUCUUUGCCCCUCAUACGUCGGCGCGGCCGCAGAAGUAGGCACCACACAGUAUUGGGCAUACACAGCAAUGUGGAAUGUGCUUGAUCAGCCGAGCAUCACGUUUCCGACAGGAUUAAAGGCCGACCCUGCAGUAGAUGUGGUCAAUGCAGACUUCAAACCACUUUCCAAGGAGGAUCAGAGAGAAUACGACAAAUGUAAGAACCGUCGCUACGCCCCGAGUCCUACAAAACGAAGCUCAGAAUGCUAA